GCACAUGGCCUCUAUCUUUUCUUGUAACUACUCCAUAUAUAUUCCGCUAGCUAGAUUUAUAUAUAUUUUAAAGUUAGACACAAACCACAAGUAACCCUUUAUCUUCUAUAUAUAUCCUCCCCCAUUCAGCAACCUUUUAUUCGAUCCCCACCAUGGCCAAAACCCUUGCAAACCUCACUUCCAUCGUCUUCCUAAUUUUCUCCGCCCUUACUGCCGGAGAAUCUCAUCGUUUCUCGAGAAGCUUGUCUCGAGAAAUGCUAGGGCUGAAGAAAGAGAAGCUUAGCCACCUCCACUUCUACUUCCAUGACAUCGUUAGCGGCCAAAACCCUACUGCUGUCCGAGUGGCGGAAGCGGCCAUGACCAACACGUCAAUAACCGGCUUCGGUGGGGUGGUCAUGAUUGAUGAUCCGUUGACUGUACGGCCCGACCCAAGCUCCAAACUCGUGGGAAGAGCGCAAGGUAUUUAUGCUUCCGCAUCCCAAAGUGAAUUUGGUUUGUUGAUGGUUUACAAUUUUGCUUUCAUGGAAGGGAAAUAUAAUGGUAGCACUCUUAGCGUGCUCGGAAGAAACACCGUGUUUUCGGAGGUAAGAGAGUUGCCGGUCGUCGGUGGGAGCGGAUUGUUCCGGUUUGCUCGAGGCUAUGCUCAAGCCAAGACUCACACUUUUAACACCACCAGCGGGGAUGCUGUUGUGGAAUACAAUGUCUUUGUCUUCCACUAUUGACCCCCUCUUUUUCUUCUUUUUCGUGUACGGCUUUCGCUUUUUUACUUGCAUGUCUUGUAUUCUAUUGAUCAUCAUACCUGAGAUACACAGCUCUAUAUAUUCAUUUCAAAUUAUAUAAUAUAAAGUGGUCAUAAUUAAAAAGACAAAAAUAUCCUCUACUAUGUAUUACACUCUCUCUUAUCUUGAGAGACAAGUAGACCAACCAAAUAGAGAAUUUUCAGUUUCAACUACUAACCCUCACUAACUUACCAUCUUAUAUAUUACACUCUCCUUUUAUAUGGAGAGACAAGUAGACAACCAAAUAGAGAAUUUUCAGUUUCAAUACAAAGAGUUUGAGGUUCAGAAGAUGGAAAUUGCAUUAUGGGCCUUGGGCUACAUAUGGGCUUUUUAUUUUGGGUACUUUGUUUUGAACCCAGAUGGCUUGUAACUGGGCCUUUCAUGGCCUGUGUUUUUUUU